CGCACAGCAUAUUCUCUCUUUCUCUCUCUCUGCAUGUGUGUGUAUGCGUGUGUGAAGAACAGACGAGCACACCUUCUUCAUCCCAGACCCAGUAACAUCAGCGAUAAUUCUGCGCAAUCAUCUUAAACACAUUACUGGGGAUUCACAACGAAAAGAGAAUCGCCGGUUCCGGUCUAUUUAUUAUUGGAUAUUUUAUUUUUAUUGAUUCAAUGCGACGCUGCCAAGGACAGAUCGAAAGGAAUGGGGUUUGAAGAUUAUUUUAGUAUUUAUUAGUGUCGUAUUUUCGCUGCGAGUGUAUUACGAACAAUAUUAUGGAUGCAAAUCUCCAUGGAAAUUAAUUUGCGUAAAAUCCGCUGAUCAGAACUGCGCACAUCAUCACACACACACACACGCGCACACACACACACAGACAGCAUCAUCGUCGUCAUCAGAGACGCAGGACAUCAGCAGGAUGGAUGCGCUCAGCCGGUGGUUCUGGAAGCAGGAGUUCUGGCUUCCUCCAGGGAUCGUCUGGGAGGAUUUAGAGGAGAUGCAGGGCUCUCGGCGUCCGCUGCCAAGAGAUCUGCUCCUCGCUCUGCCUCUCGCUCUGGCCUUCAUCAUGCUGCGCUAUGCUUUUGAGAGGCGUGUGGCGUUUCCUCUCAGCAGAGUUUUAGGAGUCAAAGAUCCAGUUCGUCUGAAAGUCACUCCAGCUCCCAAUCUGGAGGCGUUUUACACUAAAAACAGCAGACAGCCCACGCAGAUCGAGAUCAGCGGGCUGGUAAAGCAGUGCGGUUUGACUCACAGACAGGUGGAGACUUGGUUUCGAAACCGCAGGAAUCUGGACAGACCCAGCAAUACAAAGAAGUUCUGUGAGGCCUGUACUGUACGAUAUGGGUCACUUUUAUCAGGCUUGCAUUUCCACUGCCAGAAGGCUGGAGGUUUUGUCCUUCUACCUGGUGGCCUCACCGCGGGACUGCUCUCUUUAAUAACCACGUCCUGGUUUUGGGAUCAGAGAGAGUGCUGGAGAGGAUUUCCUCGACAGCCACUGCAGGAGCUUCAUUACUGGUACUACAUGCUGGAGUUGUCCUUCUACUGGUCUCUGCUGCUCUGUGUGUCUGUGGACGUCAAACGAAAAGAUUUUAAAGAGCAGAUCAUCCACCACUUUGCCACUAUUUUCCUGCUGGGUUUCUCGUAUUGUUCGAACUACAUCCGCAUCGGGACACUAGUGAUGCUCGUCCACGAUGCCUCCGACUUUCUGCUGGAGUCUGCCAAGAUGUUUAAUUACGCCGGCUGGAAGAAAACCUGCGACUCCUUAUUUGUGAUUUUCGCCGCUGUUUUCCUGGUGACUCGACUGCUGGUGUUUCCUAGCAAGAUCAUCUACACCACUCUGGUUUUGUCGAUGGAGGUGUUUGAGCCGUUUCUGGGUUAUUAUUUCUUCAAUGUGCUGCUGUUGGUGCUGCAGGCACUGCACAUUUACUGGGCUUAUUUAAUCCUCAGGAUGGUCUACAAGUUCCUCUUCUUGGGGAAACUGGACAAGGACGAGCGCAGUGAUGUGGAAACCGAGCCAGAAGAGGAGGAGGAAGAGGAAAAGGAAGAGGAAGAGGAAGAGCAGAGGUGCUGGAGAAAGAGGAAGGUGGUGCUGGACUCCCGCCGGGCCAUGCUGAGCUCCAGCUGCGUCCUCAAUAACCUCACCCAGCAGAAACCAGACGCACACAGACGACCCAAAGCCAGAUAGCACACACCAAUGACCCAACAUCAUCAUCAUCAUCAUCCGCUGGUUCAGUCUGACGUCAGUUUCCAGAUUCAAACACUACAAAAAAUGUAAGGUCCCGUGAAAUGUGCUUUUUAUUUCUCGAUGUUUGAUGUAAUCUCAACUAAAACAUGAC